GACAAAGAGUGUCGCUGACGUUGUGAGGUUGUGCUUCUCGCAAGAAGAUCGCACAACCAUUCACAUUUUUGUGCAUAAAAAUAUUACAAAAUCAUAAAAAAAAUAUAAAAAAAUCAAAAAUUCAUCCAAAAAAAUCGAAAAAGUGAAAAAGUAGAGCAAGUUGCAAGCAAAAAAGUUGCUACGUGUACGGAGGACUGGCACAUAUAUGUUCAUUGGCGAGACAUUGCUGGAAGGUUGGCUAAAAGUGAAAGCGACGAAACAUUGAAAAAUGAAUCCAGGAGGUCCCAAUUAUCAAAUGGCGUCUUUGUACGUCGGUGAUUUGCACGCAGACAUUACCGAGGCAAUGCUGUUCGAAAAGUUUUCCUCGGCCGGUCCGGUGCUGUCGAUCCGCGUUUGCCGCGAUGUUGUUACCCGCCGUUCCCUCGGCUAUGCCUAUGUUAACUUCCAGCAGCCAGCAGAUGCUGAGCGUGCUCUGGACACUAUGAAUUUCGAUUUGAUCAAGGGACGUCCCAUUCGCAUCAUGUGGUCGCAGCGCGACCCCUCACUGCGUAAAUCCGGUGUUGGCAACGUUUUCAUCAAAAAUCUGGAUAAGAAUAUCGAUAACAAAGCUAUGUACGACACAUUCUCUGCUUUCGGUAAUAUACUUAGUUGCAAGGUUGCUCAAGACGAGAAGGGUAACUCGAAAGGAUAUGGAUUCGUUCACUUCGAGACGGAAGAAUCGGCCAACACUUCCAUCGAAAAAGUCAACGGUAUGUUGUUGAAUGCCAAGAAAGUAUUCGUUGGACGCUUCAUUCCACGCAAAGAACGCGAGAAGGAGCUCGGAGAGAAGGCCAAAUUGUUCACCAACGUUUACGUUAAGAAUUUCGGUGACGAACUCAAUGACGAGACAUUGAAAGAGAUGUUUGAGAAGUAUGGCGUGAUUACUAGCCACCGCGUGAUGACGAAAGAUACCAAAAGUCGUGGUUUUGGAUUCGUGGCUUUCGAAAAUCCUGAAUCCGCCGAACAAGCGGUUCAGGAGCUAAAUGGAAAAGAACUUAGCGAUGGUAAGAUUCUCUACGUUGGCCGCGCUCAGAAGAAGAAUGAGCGCCAGAUGGAACUUAAGCGCCGUUUCGAGCAGCUUAAGAUGGAACGUUUGACGCGUUAUCAAGGCGUCAAUCUGUAUGUUAAAAAUUUGGAUGACUCCAUCGAUGAUGAACGUCUGCGCAAAGAAUUUUCGCCAUUUGGAACUAUUACUUCAGCAAAGGUCAUGCUGGAGGAAGGUCGCUCGAAAGGAUUUGGUUUCGUUUGUUUCUCUGCUGCUGAGGAAGCGACCAAGGCUGUCACCGAAAUGAACGGUCGCAUCGUUGGAAGCAAGCCAUUGUACGUGGCACUUGCUCAACGUAAGGAAGAUCGUAAAGCUCAUUUGGCCUCCCAAUACAUGCAACGUAUGGCCAACAUGCGUAUGCAGCACAUGGGACAAAUCUUCCAGCCAGGUGGUAAUGGUGGAUAUUACGUGCCAACAAUCGCACAGCCGCAACGAUUCUACGGCAAGCAAGUCAGCCAGAUCAGAACAACUCCUGGAUGGUACCGUACGAAUGCAAACCAAAAUGCCGUCACAGCCAACGCUGCUGGAGCUGCUUAUCCAGCAAUGACAGCCGCUACCGCCGGCAAUCAAUAUCGCCAGGCAGGAAAUGUCCGUGCUAAUCAGCAGCAAGCUCAGAAUGCACAGGCUGCUCAAGCCGCUUCCGUCGCCAUGCGUAAUUCUGCUCGUCCGAUCACUGGCCAACAAGGUGGUGCGAAUAUGCAGACUCGCCCCGUUGCUCCACAAAUGCCUACCAAUCAGGCCCGUACCGCUAAUUACAAAUACACCCAAAACAUGCGCAACCCACCUGCUCAGCCCGUUGCGAUUCCGACCCAACCGGUCGCCCAACAAGCUGUACAUGUCAAAGGACAAGAACCACUUACCGCGUCGAUGCUGGCCGCCGCUCAACCGGCUGAGCAGAAGCAAAUGCUGGGAGAGCGUCUAUUCCCUCUGAUCGAACCGAUGUACCCAUCAAUUGCAGGUAAGAUUACCGGAAUGUUGCUCGAGAUUGACAACUCGGAACUUGUCCACAUGUUGGAACAUAGCGAAUCCUUGAAGGCAAAGGUCGACGAAGCAGUUGCCGUGCUUCAUGCUCACCAGCAAAAGACUCAACCGCAGUAAGAAGAACCCUCAUCGUAAAUGUUAUCAGCAAAAAAAAAAGAUAGUCGCGGCUACAGCGUUACUGAAGAUACCCUUCAAAUCUAUUGGAAAAUGCACUUUCAGCAACUUUUUUUUUCUUCUUUUCACAAUAUUCAAAAAUCUAAAUUCACAUCAUUAGCGUAAGAUUGGCUCAUUUCAAGUGUUUUACUCCACGACGUAAAAAUUAGAUCCAAAACUGGGAAUAUAAUCGUAUUAAUACGCCAGUGGGAUGCACACAAACUUUUUUCAUUUUUCAAAGCUGAUGCUAGCAAAAGAAAUAUUAAAUUGACUAGAAGUAUCUACAAGUACUGCAAAACAGCGGCAGCAGCGUACGCAAGAAUUAUCAAUAUUAACAGCCAACAAAUAAGUCUAUUAUAAUUCACUGUAUUGUUGAACGGCAAAAAUCUAACGUCUGUAUUUAGCCGCACUAAUCUUAAUCUAAAAAAAAUCAAUAAACUGUUGGUACGAACGAUGGAGUCAAGCUACAAAAUUUGGGGUGUAUUAUGUUUGCUUCUAUGAUUUUUAGUUUUUUGAUUUAUUAUAAAAAAUAUUAAAACUUUUUUAUAUAUACUAUAUAUAAAAUUAUCUAUAUUAUUAUAUAUACUAUAUAUAAAAUUUAAAAACGUAAAACAUAAUUAAAAAAAUACAAAAAAAUGGAAAAAAGUUUAUUGUACUCAGUAGGGGAUUGCGACGAUUACCCCCAGUAGGACCACCAUGACUUACGUGGGAAUGUUUGCGCAGAUUCGUUGUUGAGCCAAUUCUCAAUGAAAACGAGUAUAACAGCAGCCUUAUUCCCGAAAACGUUCCAUCGGUUCUCCAUCUAUGCCGGAAAGAGCCGGCUUUGCUCAGAUCGAAAGAGGUGAUCCAAGGUUUUCAGCAAUAAGGCUGUACGACAAUUAUCUUUGACAUAAAAAUAAACGAAUAACUUCGUGCAAACGAAAGAACAGUAAAGGAAGUUUAAGCAAAAAACCAUUGAAAAUCCUUACAAUUGAAAUAAUCACAACAGAUGCGACAGUCUCACAGAAAAGUUAUGAAAAACUUUUGAAAACAACAAAAAAAACUGUAAAACAUUUAAAAUCCAGACAAAAAAUCGAUCUAUCAUUUAGUAGAAAAAAAGGAAGAUGAUCAUAAACUGCACACCAGCACGCCUAACACACUUGAAGCGUAUAGUUUGGAAAUAAUUAUCUCGGUGUCCAACCACCGUAUAUUGAACGCAACAUUUUCGGUUUCGUAUUCUAAUCCACGUGUGUGUUAAAUGGUGUUUAAUUUAGAACCACGGAUGUCGCAUUGGAAAUUGCGAAAUUUGUGCUUCUGUGCUUGCAUGUUUUUUUUAAACUAACGUUUGACCUAUAAUCAUUUGGCGGUUUCAAAGUUGCUCUCCCUGCGAUUUUUUAUCAUAUAAUUUUUUGAUUACACUGAAAAAAUCAAGUGAGUUAUCAGUUACAAGAAGCUAAAAUGAGCCUUUACAUCAUCACCAUCGGCAACGCGUUGAAGAAAACACAAUAUAUGGCAUGUAACACUAGUUGGGUAGAACAUCCGGACCCCCGCAGUUGCUAAGCUUAUUGAGUAAUAUGUAACCGAGAACUUAAUCGAUUUUUUUAAAUGUGUGCACCAACAAUGCAAGCAUCUUAAUUUUACUUCCGGAAUAGCAUCUAUCCAUUUUUAGUUGGCUUUCAAAAACGAUAUUUUUCUUUUGUAUAAUUUGCUUUGAUCGAAGAUAAUUCCUUUGAAAACUUCAAACAACCCGUUGUAAAGUUGAAACAGAUAGAAAAGAUGUAACAGCUUAUUAUACUUACAUUGAUCCUAAAACAAAAGAACAAACUGCGCAAUACAGAAAAAAAAUUCGAACGUUAUUUACUCUUAUUACAACCUAUCGGAACACAUAACGGCUAACAAUUGUUAGGUUUUUUUUUAAUUGAACUAUGUUUAUUUCAUUUUCUGAUGGGGCGUACUCGACAUGUCCGAAAAUAUAAAUUAAUUCACAGAUAAAAUAACGGUUCUUUGUAUUUCUUAAAGAUAGUAAAAUAUUCAAAAAUACGAUUACUUGAUGAUUUUUUUUUAUGGAACACUAUCCGUAUUUGUAUUGCUAAUUGAAUUCAGAAAUUUGUGAAGAGUAUUCUACUCAUUUUGCAGGGAAAAAUUUCAUGUUAUUAUCCAUUGUAUCGUCGGUUUUGCGUAUUGUCUAAAUUUCAAUAAAAACUAUAUGCUAA